CCGACUGUUGAGCAAAAAACAACGGUGAUAAUGACGAAAGUCAUGGCCUGUGUUUGAGCUAUUUUGUAUUAACAAGGCUAGCCGUAAUAGGAACCUCAUUUCACCAAGAUACCACCCAAUCGAGAAAUGGCCGAAAAAGGUGAUCACGUUGCUACUCCAGUUCCUUCGCAUUCUUUGGACCAUUCCAUUCCAAAAUCCUGGGAAGCAUCAAAUCUGGACGAGUUGGAACUGUUGAAAAAAGAGGUUUCGAGGCUGCGGCUUGAGAACAGUGUGCUCACGGAUGCCAAGAAUCGAGACGAGAUUCUUCAGCAGAUGCGUUCCCGUCUGUUGGAGUAUAUUGAGAUGAGCGCGAGGCCGUACAAAUCAUGCUGUAAGCAGUUUUACAAGCAACAUGCGAAUGAUAAGGCUGACAUCGAAGGCUUCGAGGUGCUGUUCAGCUGCUUGGCCGAAAUGCAGCGACAAUGUUAUAUAGAAGAACAAAUUAUCUAUGCGAUCAGGCAGAAGAAUGAGAUCUGUGAGGUAGUUAGGGACCAUCUAUCCAACACACUGAAGCAGUUGAAAAAGAAGUAUCGACGGCUCCGAACACGACACGCUGAGAUCGUUAUUUUGCCAGCAGCUAAAAAAGUGUUGGAUACAAUUCCAAAAAAAAUAUACUAUACCCAACGUAAAAAAGAGUCGAGGCUCAUUCCAGAUAAACGAUUGUAGAACGAAGCGAAAUUAUCAUUCGUUUUGGUGCAUGACCCUGAAUUAUUUGUGAAACAAUUUCUGGACGCUGCCAUCGCUUUCAAUUUUGUCACCAAGAUGAGAGGCUGAUCAUUAAAUCUCAUUAAAACCAACCAAAUUCCCUUAUCCCGUCGUCGAUCAUCGCCCAGCAACAAAUACACUAUUCCAUUAUACACUUAGUGGAAACUUGCCAGCCAAGAGUCUUAUAAUAAAAUAAUCUUCUCUUCGCAUCUCA